GAUGACAGGCGAUGCUGAGCGGUGGAGAACUUAGAGCAAAACUGACGGCUAACUUACCGCAGCCUACCGGCAAACUUACGGCAAGUCGCACCUGUCCGAUCGCGGCGCGCAGCCGGGGACUGAAGGCGGCCGGGGACGCGCACAAUGCGAGCAAGGAGACUUUCAGCAGAUCGAACUGGGUGAUCUAGUCACCGGACCGGAGCCGUGUGAACUUCACAAGGGGGUUUUAGGUAAGAGAGAUGGCGAGUGAUGACAGGACUGGCAUUCUGAUGGAUGAUGAGACAGACCAAAGGUGGAAUGAUACUUUGGAUGAACUGGACAAUACUGAGCCUGCAGAGGAGAAGCCCAGGACAUCCUCCCCGGUUCCAGCCCCAGAGAGUCCCCAAAGCGAUGCAGCCACAACCUCGUCGCAGCCCGGCGUGGGUACAGUGGGAAGCACCUUUGGCCAGGUUAACAAACACCUGCUGGUCUCCAAGAUCUUCUACUUCUUCUUCUACGCGGCGUAUGGCUCGUUGCAUCCGCUACUACCCAUCUACUUCAAACAGCUGGGCAUGACGGCCAGCCGGAGUGGCCUGUUGGUGGGAAUCCGCUAUUUCAUCGAGUUCUGCAGCGCCCCCUUCUGGGGUGUGAUAGCCGACCGCUUCAAGAAGGGCAAGGCUGUGCUGCUGUUCUCCGUGCUGUGCUUUCUGCUGUUCAAUGGAGGCAUCGGGUUUGUGAAGCCGGCCGAAAUGCACUGCGUGGAGAAGAGCCCUCCAGAAGCCUCCAAUAACUCCGCCCAGGCAAACACGACACAGGUGACCUCCACCACCCAACCUAUGGGAGAUAAUUCCACUCAUGUAUCAACCCCCCAAAAUGCAACCAGCUCGGGAUUCACCACAGAACAAUUUACUGCAACGACCGUCGCUUCUAAUACUCAUGAACUAAUCUACGAUGAAGGACAGGUGAAGACCAUCUUCCUCACGAUCCUGCUGGUCAUAAUCAUCGGCGAGUUCUUCAGCGCCCCUGCGGUGACCAUCGUGGACACGGUCACCCUGCAGUACCUGGGCCGACACCGCGACCGCUACGGGCUGCAGAGGAUGUGGGGUGCCCUCGGCUGGGGUCUGGCCAUGCUCUGCGUGGGCAUCUCCAUCGAUCACAUGCAGCUCCUUGUCCUCAUCCAGGACUGCGGCCUUUUCCACCUGAAGGACUUCCUGAUUACUUUUGUUGUGUUCGGGGUACUUGCGGGACUCGCCCUCCUGGUGGCCACCCAGUUCUCCUUUGACAGUAGUGGAUCGGCAGUAAGCAGGGGGGUGUAUGACAGUGCCUCCCCUGGGGCCAUCGUUGCGGAGGGGCAGCGUGAGUUUCACUUUUCGGACCUGCUCAGGGUGCUGUGCAGUGUCCGAUACAGCACCGUGCUCUUCGUGGCCUGGUUCAUGGGCUUCGGCUACGGCUUCGUCUUCAGCUUCCUCUACUGGUACCUGCAGACGCUGAACGGGACCACCACCCUGUUCGGCAUAUGCUCGGUGCUGAGUCACGUCUCCGAGCUGGUCGCCUACUUCACGAGCCACAAGCUCAUCAAGCUGGUGGGCCACAUCAGGGUGCUGUACCUGGGUCUGGCAUGCAACACUGCCCGCUAUCUCUACAUAUCCUACCUGGAAAAUGCCUGGACCGUUCUCCCCAUGGAGGUGCUUCAAGGUAUGACGCACGCCUUGGUGUGGGCGGCUUGCAUCUCCUACCUGAGCGCCACUGUGCCGCUCGCCCUCCGCACGUCCACCCAAGGCGUCCUGCAGGGCCUGCACCUGGGGCUGGGGCGGGGCUGCGGGGCCAUGGUGGGCGGAGUCUUCGUCAGUUACUUUGGAGAGGCGGCGACCUUUAGAGGACUGGGGAUGGCAUCCCUCAUCAUCCUCAUUUUGUUCUCCUUCAUCCAGUUUCUCAUGGGACAGGACGACAGCGGCGAAGCCAAGGCGAUGGCUUCCUCCGGCAGUGUUUCCAUAGCGACCAUCAACUUGACGCGGGAGCCUCAGACGCUCCAGCCGGAGCCACCCAGGAAGAGGAAGCACCAGGAGGAGCAGGAGGACCGCGACAUGCCUCCUUGGGCGUUCACAGUCUCGCCCUGGGUCACCAUGGCCUUCACCAUCUUCCACGUCCUGGAGACGAUAAAAAUGGCAAAGAGGAGGGCCCUAGUAGACACACAGGACCCGCAGCAGGUGACCAAUGACACCACUGCUCCAGUUUCCCCGCCAGUGGACAUGCCAGCGGCCCAACCCAGCACAUCGCAACAGUUGGAGCCCUCCAACAAGCCAGUAAGGAGGCCCAGCAAGAAGCUCAAGGAACGUACAGACUCAGACGGGACUGAGAGGCCUCCCUCCACGGCGCCCCCUGUUGGCUCCAACAGUACUGUAGAUAACCAUUUCCCAUUACCAGGAAACUUUGACCUACCUCCUCACAGGUCCUCAAACAACCCUUUCUACCAGUAAGACACACAUGCCCAUGACAAAGCACAGCGCCGACAACAAAGCCACCCAGGAACUGCAGUUUGAGAACGAAAUCCAGUGCAGGGUGCAGAUCUGUAAACAACCGGGACUCUGUAAAAAUGGUUUUUAUUAAAACUGUAUCUGUUUAACAAA